AUGGAUUUGACCAAGAUAUUAGACACAACCCCAGAACCCCCAAUAAUAAAUCCUAUAUACAAUUUAGUCUCCCAGAAUGACGUGAACCACAAUUUCCACGAUCCCAACAGCCUCAACAGCGCCAACAAUGCGAUCAAUAGCUACACCAUGAACAAUCUUCCUGAUGGGGUUUUUCACCAUGAGAAUGAGUAUUGGUUGCCAACUCCAAUGGCAGACUUUCAAAAGGAACUAACUGACCAAAUUGUCUCUUUGCACUAUUCUGACAUAUUGAAGUACUUUGAGACUGAUGACAACGACCAGCUAUUGAUCGACUCGUUGCAGGAGCUCUACUUGAACUCUCAACUAGUUUCGAAUCAUCCUUAUUUGCUAAUUAAAAACUACAUGCCAAAAUCGUUAACGUCAAAAGAUAUUCCCAAAAAACUAAGCGAAACUAGUGGGAAAUUCAGAAUCUUAAGAAAUUUGAUUGAAAUAUUCAAUGGAAUUGCUGACCAAAAACGAAACUAUUACUACAACUGGAAAACUAGAAAGAAUAACUUGAAUUCCUUCAAUUAUUUCAAUAAAAAUUCUGAAAAUAUUUCUAGUUAUUCUACCACGCAGUCUAAAAAGUCCAAUAGAUCUCAUGAUUUUGAAAGAAAUUUAAUUAUAGUAGCAAGGUCUGGCGAAACUGUGGAUUUAAUUGAAGCUCUACUAUUAGGUUUAAAAGUUAAUAUUAAAAGAUUCACAGGAAACUACUUGAAGGAUCCUUCGAAAUUGAAAAAUUCAAUUUUUAAAAAAAUACCAAAUAACAAUAACAACAAUACUAAUAUUUAUAACGAAAUGAAUAACAUUAACGGAAACAAUUUAAAUCACUAUAAUAAUAGUAAUUUCAAUGAAAACAGUAGCAGAAGUUUUAAUAACAACUUGAAUUUUGUUCCAAAAAAUCUUUGUAACGUUUACCUAUUUGCUUCUUCUGAAGAUCAAAAUCAAAACAUCUCAAAAACUCAACUAAUCACUUUUUUCAAAGAUAAAAAAAUAGAUCUAAUUAUAUCCUUUGAUAUUACUUUUGAUAUUAAUUUACCAUUUGUUAAAACUCUAAGAUCUCUAAAUAUCAAUAACAACUAUACACAAUCAUCUGUUUCAAUAAUAAGGUUGGUUCCAAUUAACACAAUAGAGCAUAUUGCUUUGUACUUUAGAAAUCAAUACACAAUUAGAAACACAGAUUAUUUAAUGGCAGUCACCAGUGCUGUUGUUGUGUUAAGAGGCAAAGUGGGAAUUUUAUCUCCAGAUUUAAAACCAAUAUAUUCUCAUAACUUGACCUAUCUAUCAGAUUGGCUACUAAAUCAUUCAAACCCAAAUUCUAAAAAUAAUUACCUAUACUGGCCCUUACCUAAGAUGAGUUCAAUUCCCAAAUUUAAUUCCUUGGAUGUUGAAAAAUCUCUACUAACAGAAGUUCAUUAUACUUUAGAUGACGAUUAUUCGGAUCUAGACGACUUGCUAAUCGACGAAAAUCUAAGAAAGCAUGAAAAAUUCUAUUUCAAUAAAAACUACUAUUUUUUCUAUAAUUUUAAAAGAUUGAAUAAAAAUUAUUUAUCAAAUCCUUUGAAACAAGAUUUAUCAUUGUUAACUGGAAUCAACUCAGUUAACAAUUUUAAAAACUUUUCAACAAAUUUAACUCAUAAGUUACUACAAUCAUUAAAUUUAAAUUAUUCAUAUUACAAUAAUUUCAUUUUAAAUUAUUUUGAUUUAGAAGUUUCAAAUUUUAAAAACGCAAGACAGGAUGAUCUAAAUCUUGCUAAAAGUGAAUAUUCUAAAUUUAUCAAUGAUUUUAAUCACUUAAGUUUAAGAAAGAAAUUGAAUAUUAAUAACCAUAAAAAAAAAUUAAACUUAUCCAAAGAAAAAAAAGAAAAAAUUAAAAAGUUAGAUGAAGAAUUCAGCCACAUUUUAAACGAAUUUGAUAAAAAAGAAGAAAAUAGUAUGGAUAAGGAAAACUCAAACUCUUUGAAAAAGUGGAAAGAAAACCAACUAAAGAUUUUAACUUUGACUGAACUAAACGCUUCCAAAAUUUCCAAAAUAAAAUCUAUUAAAACAGAAAAUGAUUACCUCAAAGUACAAUUGAGCAGUGCCGAAACAUCAAUAAAGGAGACUGAUAGUGAAAUCACUCUCACUCAAAUGGAAAAUGACACAUUGCUUGAAAACCUAAACGUUUUCUUGGAUGAGUUUAAUGAGGGCAAUAGAAAAGAAGAUCAGCUCGAAGUUGACAAAAAUGUCGAAAAUAGAAAUUUAGAAAUCAAAAAAAUAGAAAGCCAAAUAACAGACGUUUUGUUGUGUAUCGAUGAAUUAAACAAACACCAGAGAAACAGAAGCAGCCGAAGGGCACAGAGAUGA